AUGCCACCCCCCCCAAUCCCCCCCCUCUACACAGUCUACCUCCUGCGCUCCCUCCCCCUCCCACACUCCGUCUACAUCGGCUCCACGCCCCUUCCCUCGCGGCGUCUGCGUCAACACAACGGUCUCGUAGUAGGGGGAGCGAGUAGGACGGCCAGAGCGAGCCAUAGACCCUGGGAGAUGCCGGUGUUGGUUGUUGGGUUUCCGAGUCAAGUUGGGGCGUUGCAGUUUGAAUGGGCAUGGCAACACCCAACUCUCUCUACACACCUCUCUCCUCCCUCAACCACCUCAUCCACCACCCAACCAACCACUACCACCACCGCCCCUCCUCGCCCCCGCGCCAGAAGACCCCGACUCACCCUCCCCUCCUCCCUCAAAUCCCUCCACCACCUCCUCUCAUCCCCCUCUUUCUCUCGCUGGCCCCUACGAUUACAUUUCCAGAGUGAGGAGGUUUAUGCUGCCUGGUUGAAGGCUUCUGGUUCUGCUUCUUCUGGGGCUAAUGGGUUGGGAGGGGGAGGAGAAGGAAGGGGGAGAGAGGUGGAGGUGGUGAAGGAUUUCGAUAGUGCCGUUUUCCAGGAGUUGGGAAAGGUGUCGAAGGUGGGGAAAGGGGGGAAGGCGAAAGCGAAGGAACAGCAAGAUGAGGUGGAGGAGGUAGAGAAGGAGGUGCUGGGACUGGGUAACUGCGCGGCUUGUGGGCAGGGUGGUGGGAUUAUGGCGGUUUGUGGGGAUGAGGAGUGUGGAGUUGCUACGCAUAUUACCUGUCUUGCGAAACACGGACUACGAGACGAAGCUGGGAAAAGUGGAAAGGGACAGAUUCUACCACUCUCAUCGAAAUGUCCGCGGUGUAGGGGGGAGAUGGGGUGGAGUGAUGUAGCUGGUGGCGUCACAGGGCGAAUCAGGGGAAAGGGCGCGAAGGGGGUUGGAGGUGCAGUGGCAAGUGCGGGUGUUGUGGGGAGUGCGGAUGUUGUAGAGAAUGGAAGUGGGAGUGCGAGUGGGAGCGGGGUCGAGAGCGGGAGUGAGAGUGAAGUGGAUUCUUGGGCUGGGGUUGUGGAGUUGUGA